AUGAGUUCAACCAGGAUCGUGCCGCACAACAAGCCUGGUAACAACACAUUGAGUAGGUCGACCACCAUAGCGCCAUGGGACGAACCCUCUUCCGACUUCGUUCGAGAUCGAGACCGAGAAGUUUCACCCCUCGAACAAGAUCCACAGGCCAUGAUCGGUGGUACACGGCCUUUCAAUCAGUCUUACUUUAAUGACAAUGCAAGAGAUGUUUCGUUGCCACCGUGGCCUCCCAGCAGUAACAAUACCUCUGAAGAAAGUCCAAACAUUUCCAUCGACGCAAGAAGACCAUCGGUCGCAAGCAAUGAAACUGUCAGUAGUUUGGGAUCUAAGCAUAGCGCCACCAAUGGCAAGUUUCAACGCAAAGCCCUGAAGGCCUUUUUCGGUGACGAUCCGAGCAAUAACCCUAGGAAAGGGUCACAAACCUACCUCACACAAAGUGAUGGUCCGGCUGCACACAAUGAAAGAGCUGUGAGAAAUAAUUCUGUGACGACUGCUCGCUCGGAAGAUCGGCCAAAAACACCUCAGCCUCAACCGCAGAGUAGUGUAACACCUUGGGCAUUUCAAAGUUUUGAGGAUGUCAGCAAGUACGGUUCUGCUCCAAUACGGCAAGAGCUUGGUCCACAAGAACAAGAAUCGAAUGGCACGACCCAAAAGUCAGGUGCGAGCAGCCUCAAGAAUAGGCUCUUGCACUCUGCACACAGGCCUACAAAGAGCAAAGACGAUUCGGCCAAGAUACCUUCACUGGCACCACCUACUAUGCCACAACGUCCCGCCACUAGCCGUGAGAUUUCUGGCAACAAUAUUAAUUCUUCCUCUACUUCAAUGAGCUCUCAAUCACCUCUGCUAACCAAAGUACAAUCAAAUACCCCACAAGAGGCCAAUGGACCCUCGAGCAAAAAACCUGGCUUACUUUCCAGAUUGAGACAUAGACACCGCGACAAAGAAGGUCCUGACGAAAAGUCACAAGAGGCUCAGCCACCAGUUCCCGGACCUGUACAGCGACAACGAGGCUACUCAGAAAAGUCGCAGCAAAAUCCGUCCAUUGUACCAUCGAGUACGUCCAGCCAAGAGCGGAAAGACAGAGAAAGUAGCGUGGCUUCAGUGGAAACAAUCAAGGGACCUGAAAUGCCUUCCGUCGGUAGGACAGACACGAAGCUAUCCACGAACUCGAAAGCCAGCAAGUUCAGUCACCGCUUGACUGGAAGGAACCGCGAUCGGGGUUCUAGUAACGCUCCAUCAUUCCCGCCUGAUAGUUUUAAGAACCAAGCAUUGCAGACACCAGGACUAUGGCACCUAGAUACCAAUUUGGGAGAUAUGUCGGAUGUCUUGCACAGUCCACCAGGAGGUGCAGGAUACUUUGACCAGCUUCUGGACAAAGAUGGCAAAAUGUUACCAGCAACUCCGGGACAAGAGAUAUCUGCUCCGAUAUGGGAUGCUCCCGAUAGCUGGGCUGUAAAAGGUCAAGAUAGCGGCAUAGGGACACAACCUCACGAUGUGGCAGAGAAUGGCCUGGAGGCUAUUGAAGAGGAGGACGGAAUAUCAUACUUCAUGCGUGUUUUCAGGUCUGACGGCACCUUCGCUACCCUCUCCAUGCUCGUCAACGCGACUGUGGCAGAAGUGCUACAGUCCCUGGCCAAAAAAUCUGUAUUACACGACGCGAUUGAGAAUUAUCAUCUGAUUCUGCGCAAAAAUCAGCUUUCUAGGCAGCUGGGUCCAAAUGAGAGACCGAUAGCCAUGCAGAAGAAGAUGCUAACACAAGCUGGUUAUCAGGAGAACGAUCAUCUUGAAGAGGUCGGAAGGGAAGAUAACAGCUAUUUGUGUCGAUUCACUUUUAGUCACGAAAAGCAGACGGGCUUCGGCUCGGGGUUAGACAACGAUCCGAGCUUCAACAGGAUGCAGAAGUUUAGUCACGUUGACUUGUCUGGAAAGUCUUUGAUCACUAUUCCCAUCAUUCUAUACACCAAAGCCUCGGAUAUUGUAUCUCUCAAUCUGUCGCGCAAUCUGGCUCUUUCUGUGCCCAAGGACUUCAUCACAAAUUGUAUCAAUUUGAAAGAGAUAAGAUUCACCGGCAAUGAGGCUUCAAAGCUACCAGCUAGUCUAGCGUGGGCUUCACGACUCAACGUCUUGGAUCUCUCGAAUAAUAGACUCGAAGAACUUGAGCCUGCUGAAUUGCAUAGGUUGACCAAUCUAGUCAGCCUGAAAUUGGCAAACAACAAUCUCUCAAAGCUGCCCAAUAACUUUGUCCAAUUUCGAGGACUACGAUCACUUAACAUCUCAUCGAACAAUUUCAAGGAAUUGCCAGAACAGGUCUACAACUUGCGCUCCUUAGCCGACCUCGAUAUCAGCUUCAAUAAGAUAUCCUCGCUACCUCGAAUCUCGUCGCUGACCACCCUGGAGAAGUUAUGGAUGACUAACAACGAUUUGAAAGGACCCUUUAAUGAAGGUUUCAAGCAGUUAUCGAAACUCAGGGAGAUUGACGCCAGGUUCAACAGUAUUACAAACAUCGACAACGUCGCGGGUCUACCGGAUCUGGAGCAAUUGCUCGUUGGUCAUAACUCAAUCUCUGCAUUCAAAGGCUCGUUCAAGAAAUUGCGUACUCUUGUCCUUGAUCAUAAUCCUAUGACAGCAUUUGACCUCGAAGAGCCCGUCCCGACGUUGACCUACCUCAACAUUGCUUCUGCAAAGAUUGUCGAGUUCAAGGACAGUAUAUUCGAGAACAUGGCUAAUCUGCAGAAGCUGAUACUGGACAAGAACCACUUCACGAACAUGCCGUCUGGAUUUGGGCGACUCACGAAGCUGCAGCACUUGAGCAUGGCGAAGAACCGCAUGGGUGCAGUGCCAGCAUCCAUUGGCAACCUAAUUGAACUGAAACAUCUGAACUUACGUGAAUGCAACAUUAAUAGGUUGCCUGGAGAGAUCUGGUACUGCAGAAGUCUCGAGAUGCUUAACCUAUCAUCUAACGUGCUGGACGCAUUUCCUAAGAUGAACGCCGUUCCGCCACCACCAUCUGAAAUCCAAAAGGAGUCUAACGCGACACUCACGCACUCUCCUAGCUUCGAAGAGCUGGGCAAGCUCGAAGACUUUCAAGCUCGCCGGCCUAGUCAGGCCUCUACUGGUAUGUUGAGCAUCGGCAGUUCUCCAGGCGCCACUGGACGUAAGAACUCCAUGGUUUCCAACUCGGGCGGUCGAAAGAUGUCUCAGAUUAGUAGGACGAAUACUGAUUACUCGAUGGCCACUGCAACCAGGAAGGACUCAAACUUAUCCCAAGCACGUUUGCAAAACACCUUUGCAGGAUCAAUGCGAUACCUCUAUCUUGCCGACAAUAGAUUGGAAGAUGACAUCUUUCGUGAACUGGCUUACUUGCUGGAGCUGCGAAUGCUCAACCUCUCGUACAACGAGAUUGAUGACUUCCCACAAGGCGUGCUGCGUCGAUGGCCUCAAUUGACAGACCUCUACCUUUCUGGAAAUACUCUCACUUCAUUGCCAUCCGAGGACUUCGAAGAAAACAGCAACCUCAGAAGUCUUUUCCUCAAUGUGAACAGGUUUCAGGUAUUGCCCGCGGAGCUUUGCAAUGUCCAUAAAUUGUCUGUUCUAGAUGUUGGUAGCAAUUCAUUGAAGUACAAUGUCUCCAAUUGGCCUUAUGACUGGAAUUGGAACAGGAAUCAAAACCUCAAGUACCUUAACUUCUCUGCCAACCGCAGGCUGGAAAUUAAGCCGGCCCAGCAAAAUGCAAUGAACCAAUUUGCAGCGAUGAAUGGUGGAGAGAUGCAAGACCUGACGAGUUUCAACAGCUUGAAAUACCUUCGCGUGCUCGGUUUGAUGGAUGUCACACUUUUGACCAACACUGUACCUGAUGACAACGAAGACAGACGUGUGAGGACAUCGGCUUCACUUGCUGGUGCCUUGCUUUAUGGCAUGGCUGACACACUAGGGAAGAACGAUCAUCUGGCCACCCUGGAUCUGCUCAAGCCAAACUUUAGAAGCCACGAAGCAGAAGUUGUUGUCGGAAUGUUCGAUGGUGAAACAUUGCAAAGUGGCGGCAGUAGAGUUGCCAAGUACCUUCACGAACACUUCGCUUCGAACUUCAUGGCCGAACUGAACAAAGCAGAACAAGCAAAGGAAACGCCGGAAGAUGCGCUCCGACGUUCCUUCCUCUCACUGAACAAGGAGAUGGCAAACUAUGCAAGCAGUGCCAUCGAGAACAGAGAGCAAAGACUACAAAAUGGCCAUCGUGCCUCUUCAGUCGCCAACCAACUCAGUGCCGACGAUCUUGAUGCUGGCUGUACUGCAGCAGUUCUGUACCUCAACGGAAUUGAACUCUAUAUCGCCAACGUAGGAGAUAUCGAAGCAUAUACUAUCUCGACUGACGGCAAAUAUACUCGACUAACCAGCAAGCAUCUUCCUUCAGAAGAAAGGGAACGUAUUCGAGCUGCAGGAGGUUACGUUUCACGACAAGGGAAGCUCAACGACACCAUCGAAGUCAGUCGUGCAUUUGGGUACUUCAGUGCCAUGCCCUCAAUCAUAGCAGCCCCCUGGACCAAGCAUAUGCAAAUUUUGGACACUCAUGAACUUAUAGUGGUUGCCACCAAGGAGUUUUGGGACUUCGUCACUGUCGAUCUUGCAGUCGACCUGGUACGAGCUGAAAAGGUCGAUCUUAUGAUUGCAGCUCAAAAGUUGCGAGAUAUCGCUAUCGCUUUUGGGGCACGAGACAAGAUCAUGGUUCAGGUUCUUGGUAUAUCUGAUUUGAGGAAGCGGAACCACCACAAGUAUCGUGCUGGCAGUUUCGCCCUCCCCAGAGAACUUGGAGCGGAAGAUGGACAGAUAUUCCCUAGCGCCAUACGGAAACGGAAAGGUCGUGAUCAGCCUGCAGAUUCUGAGUUGGCACGAAUGGAAGAGCCCGACGCACCCACAGGAGAGAUUGCUAUUUGCUUCACUGACAUCAAGAAUUCGACCAUGUUGUGGGAGAUCCUCCCCGUUCCGAUGCGAGGAGCAAUCCAGCUACACAAUCAACUCAUGCGGCGGCAACUAAGAAUUUGCGGCGGAUACGAAGUCAAGACGGAAGGUGACGCCUUCAUGUGUGCGUUCCCGACGGUUACGUCAGCACUGAUCUGGUGUUUCACAAGUCAAAACGCUCUGCUCGAUCUUGAAUGGCCUACAGAGAUUUUGGAUACUGUUCACUGCCAGGAAAAACGUGAUGCAGAUGAAAACAUUAUCUACCGUGGCCUUAGUGUCAGGAUGGGCAUUCACUGGGGUAGACCUGUAUGUGAACCCGAUCCAAUCACUCGGCGUAUGGAUUAUUUUGGACCUAUGGUGAACAAGGCUGCUCGAGUGUCAGCUGUUGCAGAUGGUGGGCAAAUAUCGGUGAGCACAGAUGCAAUUUCGGAAAUACGACGAACAUUUGAGGCAUAUGCAGAGGACGAUGAGAGAAGAGAUAGUGUCGGUUCUCAAGAUACCGUCGAUGAUCCUAUGACUGUGCAGCUCCGCAAGGAGAUGCGACAGAUUCAGAGCCUUGGCUUUGAGGUCAAAGAGCUUGGUGAGAAAAAGCUGAAAGGACUUGAGAAUCCCGAGUUCAUCUACCUGAUGUACCCGCAUGGUUUGGCUGGUCGCAUGGCAAUUCCACCAGGUGUUGGAGAUCUACCACUCAACCUCGGACCAUCAGCCGAUGAGAAGACUGAGCCUGGAGCGCUUGAUCAAAACAGCACUCUCCGACAAGGCUUAGACUUGGAAGCAGUAUGGCAACUAUGGGAUCUUGCAUUGCGACUAGAAAUGCUUUGUUCGACUCUGGAAGAUCCAGACAGGACACGAGGGCUAAAGAAGCCCGAAAUGAGUCUGCUGACAAGCAUGAAAGAAAGAGGAGGACAAAUCGGUGACAACUUCAUGAUCAACUUGAUGGAGCAUCAGGUUACAAGAGUUGAAAAUUGCGUAUCUGCCUUGCAGUUGCGGCAUAUGAUGAAGCCGCUCAGGGCUGGAGUUUCUAUCGCUGAUCAAGCAAGACCUAUCAAAAACAUAUUGGAUGAAGUUGCUGCUGCAUUACAAUAUUAUCGUAGUGGCGGUGGUAGCUGGGUUGAGGACGCCAGUGAUGAUGAAUGA